AUGGCUAAGCAAUACAAGAAGUAUUCAAUCAUUGACCACAACAGACAAACUAAAGAUUCAUUUUAUAAACAGUUGCAUUUGAAGAAAAAAUACCAGAAUGGGAAACCCGACAACAAUCGCCCCAGCAGCACUGACAAUGAUGGCCAAAGCAGUGAAGACCAAAGAACUGAAUGCAUCAGAAACCAUACCAAGGGCAUAGGCACCGGCAGCGGAUGCACCUCCAAGCAUUGUAAUGGAGACAAGCAGCUGGUGCUCAUUCUUAGUGACCCACCACAGAGCUCCCUUGGUAGACGCAUAAAGUUGAAACAGAAAGGGAAUGCAGAAAAGGAGGAGCAAAUCACAAAUAGCAGCGCUAGAUGA